CAUUAACGAUCCUUGCUUGGAUUCAUUACAAAAUCAUCCUCACACUGUGCUAGAGGUCAAUACUUGGCUAGGCAGUUCAAUUCUCAAUAAAGUUUUAAGAUUUUGAAGCAUGUACUCUACCUACUGUGCUAAAUGUAGAGAGUUCGACGUUAUCUCCCUCAUCAACGGAGACUUCAAACAUUAUCCAAGCUUGGCAGUGCUGAAGUCAUCAGCAGAAGAUCAAAAUUGUCCCCUAUGCAAUCUAAUAUGGGCGAGUCUCACUCGGCGAGAUAUUUAUAGCCAGAUUGAGAAAGCACUUGAUAACCCUCGCAGCCAGAUUAAGAUUUACGGGCGUAGUGUCCAGGAUACCCGGGAUCCCCAAGCAAAGAAAGGGGGCUUUUAUUCUGUGUUUGUUUCUUCCAAAAUUGAUACAAAACCUCCAUCAGUGGUGAGUGGCGAGUUGGCUUUGUUUCUCGGGAGAGAUCAAACAAAUACGUCAAACGUCGUGGCUGGGAGACAAGUGUUAAGAGAUUCUGCACUACCUGAAAACAUUCAGUUGAUGAAUACGUGGAUAAAUGAAUGUUUGCCUAGUCAUCCUGAAUGCCAAUAUUUUGACGACAGGUUGCUUCCAACAAGAGUAAUCAACGUUGCUACAGAUGGUCAAGAUCCUUACUUAGAAGUAUCCCAUGGACGCAAAGGCCGCUAUGUAGCGCUCUCAUACUGCUGGGGUACCACCACCGCACCUUUUACAACAACCGUCGACACUCUCCCCGAACGACUCCAAGGAAUUCCGUUAGCUAGCCUACCCAAGACACUUCUCGAUGCGGUAGUGGUGACACGCGCACUUGGAGUAAGGUAUCUUUGGAUAGAUGCCCUCUGCAUUCUUCAAGCCCGAUGGGAAGAUGACCAGGAGCAUAUUGCGGACUGGCAGAUCGAAGGCGCCAACAUGGGUAAUGUCUAUUCAAAUGCUUGGCUAACCAUUGCUGCCGCAUCAGCUGGCGAUAAAGGAGAUGGAUUGUUCUUGCCAAGAAACUUGAAGGAAAGGAAAUAUAAAGUUCCAAUAAAAGCAGGCGACAAGGAGAUAGAUUUCGCAUACCUCAAGCUUAUUUCAUACAAUUCCCCGCUAGAACUUGAUAAGCGUGCCUGGACUUUUCAGGAGUGGAUUCUCUCAUCGAGAAUACUUGGUUUCACUACGGAACAAAUAAAAUAUCACUGCAGAACUUGUGAGGUCUGGGAGGAUGGGCAAUACCAGAGAAACGGCCAGGAUUUAAGGCAAAUCUUAACAACACCAAAAUCGCCAGAAGAAAGUGGAAACGGGCCAAGGCAGCUGGGAUUAUUAAAUGCGUGGUACGAAUGUCUUGCAGACUUUUCAGAACGCAAUAUCAGUUUCAUGCGCGACCGACUCCCUGCUAUAAGCGGCUUAGUCCAAUUACUACGACAGCAGCUCCCUGGAGAAUAUUAUGCGGGUGUUUGGAAAAUUGACAUCCACCGAGGUCUCCUCUGGCGAUCUGACCAAAAAGUGCAUUUUGGACGGCAUCUAGGGCCAUCGUGGUCGUGGGCGUCUCGGGCAGGACGUAUAUCGCUCCCAUUUAGUCCUACCUAUAGCGAGGACUACGAAUGCUCAAUGGAAGAGUAUGAGGAGUGGCUAGGGCAGAAAAGGGAUUUUAGAACAGCAAUCCUCGAGGUGGAAAUGCAAUAUGCCGCACCGAAAUACGAAAGUACUGGAAUUGUGGAACAUGGCAUUUUAAGGGUAAGUGGCCCAACGAGAGAGUCUUGGGUGGCGAUGGCCGAUGAUAUUAGGGGGGAAGGCUCUGGUUGGUAUGAGUACUUGGAGAGGAAAUACUACGACUCGUCAGGUAUAGAUACGGGAACGGUCCUAGAUCUCAUAUCAGGCUCUGCUUUGCUUCUUUUCGAUGCAAACGAGACACAGGAUAACACUCUCGAGAAGGUUGUAGGUAUAGGAUACUUCGAUGAUGGUGGAAAGGAUGUCGGGAGCGCUAUUUGUCUACUUUUGACAGAGUCCGAAGGUUUGCUGCUUAAAAAUCGCAAGGAUAACAGGGAACAAUUUGAGAGAAUUGGCAUCUUCUCUGUUUAUGAAGAUGCCUGGUUUGAAACAUGUGAGGCUCGGGACUUAUCAAUUAUAUAAUUGAUCAUUAUGUCUAAUGAAAGAGCCUGGGAUCUUAUUUUCAGUCCCUUGCAAUCCGAGUACCAUAUGUAUACGCCAUUAUAGAGAAUAUUCACC